AUGAUAAAAAAGUCGCAAAUUUUAUAAAUAUGGAUAACUUUACUCACAGUUACUAAUAUUAUUUGCAGGCAAUUAGUCUUUGAACCUAAUCCCAUCUUAGAUUUCAAUUUAUUUAACCUAAAAGGCUAGAAUACUUACUUAUCAGUGCUUAGUGAAGAUAAUUAAUAUGCAUUUAUUUCUGCAAGAGAAGGAGGAGUAUAUAUAAUAUCUCUGGCUAAUAUUCUUCAAACGACAAUUGUUGGGAACAUAGCUGCCUUAUAAGCAUAGUAUUUAUAAGUCAAAAAAAAUAUUUUGUUUAUUGGAGACCUUUUAGAUGGUGUAGUAAUAUAUGACAUUUCAAAUAUUACAAACCCUGUUCUACUUUCGAAAUGGUAAUUAUAUUUGCAUAUACAAGCUUUAGAAAUUACAUCUGACUCAAAUUAUUUAUUUGCUCUUGGAAAUGGAAUAAUUUUUUGCAUUGAUAUCUCUGAUCCGAAGAAUCCAAAAACAAUAUCCAAAAAUGGAAUACCUUCAGGUGAAUCUUAUAGAGUAAGACUCAGCCCAGAUGAAACCCAUAUUUGUGUGUCUAAUGCCCUUGCUGGAAUUUAAAUAAUAGACGUAAGACAAAAACAACAAAUUAUUAUUAGAGUGAAUUAAAAUCCUGCAUUUGUAUUUUGGGAUUGUUUAUUUACACCAGAUCAGACUUCUAUUUAUUCAGUUGAUGCUUACUAUGGUCUCUUUUACUCAAAUGUUUAAUCGGUUUUUAGCUAACCAAUAGGUUCAACAAAUGUUGUACCUUUAAAUUUUGUCAAUUUGUAUUUAACUCCUUAAGUGUAAUAAAGCAUCGCAAUUACUUCUGAUGGUCUUUUUUUAAUGCUAGGACAACGCAGUAUAGGUUUAGUAUUAUUUGAAAUAUAAAACAAGAAUUAUUAAAAGCCUGUUUUUGUUCAAAAAUUAAAUGGUAACUACCUAUCAAAUGAUGUAUAUUUUUCUAGAAACAACAAUGAAGCUUUUGCAUUUGUAACUAAUGGCAUGUCUUUAUUAAUUUUUAAAUAAGUAAGUAUCAAUACUAAUAAAGAUUUUCCUAACGUUUUUAAUACCUUUUAGUCUUCCUUAACAUACUUAUCUCCAGAAUAUUUUCCUUGGUAAAUUAUAUGUCUUAGCAAUAAUAAAUACAUUAUUCAAACUAACAGUCAUUAUGGUUUAAACAUAUUUGACAUCUAAGAUAACUAUUAUCCUAACUUAGUAAAAUAUAUACCAAUUGUAAAAGGAGAUUAUGGAGGUGUCUAAGUAAAUGAAGAAUUAAAUGCUAUGUUUGUUGCAGGUACAUAAGAUGGUCUAAUAACUUACAAUAUUACUGAUAUGACAAACAUAAAUUUUGUUAAUAACGUGACUCCAAUUGAUCCUACUUUAAUAUCUAAUGCAGUUAAUGGAGUAACCUACAACGAAAAAAAUAAAAUAAUAGUAGUGGCAAAUGGUUAUUAUGGAUUUGCUGUGUUAAAUGCAGUCAAUCCUUAUUCUGUUAGUUUGAUUGGCUUAUUUUUAAAUGAUAAAUAUCCUUGUAGCUUUGAAAAAUGCUAGAUUACAAAUGAUACUUCUACUAUAAUAUGUGCUUGUCGCGAGGUAGGUUUAUUUUUCUUUGAUUUUUCAAAUUAUAAACUCCAAUUAACUUAUUUGAUCAAUAAAAUUGGAGCUGAGUAUUUGAUUCUCUCUUAAGAUGAAAAAAAUGCUUAUGUUUGCUUUGGAUUUAUGGGUCUUGUGAUAGUCAAUAUUUAAAAUAAAAUGUCACCUUAUAUAAUUAGUAUUCAACCAGUUGAUGGCUGGGCAUAAAGUCUAACAGCAAUAUUUAAUGAGCAAUAUUUGAUAGUUACAUAAAUUGAAAAAGGAUAAUUAGUUAUAGUUAAUAUCUAAGACAUUUAAAAUCCUUAUAUUUAAUCAAAACUUGAAUUUCCUAAUGAAAAUAGCAACAGUGUUUGUGUUACUCCAGAUCAAAAAAAUGCAUAUUUUAUUGGAAAUAGAGGUUUGAGGUACAUUCCUAUUAAUACUGACUUAAUCCUUCAUACAUAAAUUUAAGUUUAAUAUACAAAUACUUAAGGGAGUAUAUACUAUGAAGAUUUGAGUAAUAGCUAAAGUCUAUUAGUUGGAUAGACUGCUAAAAUGUAUUUUGUUCCUCUCUAUAUUUAGACUUAAGUGAAGAUAUCUAAUGCUUAUUACUAUAGGAACUAUGAAGUUUAACUUCUUCCUUAUUGGAUAACAUUUUAUUAAAAAACUUAAAGUCUUUAAAUCCAAGUUGAUAAAACUGGUGCAGUUAAUACAUUUUCUAAUGAGAAAAAAGGAGAAAAUAUUAUAAUUUUGGAAUGUUUAAUUUCGCUUAAUGCUGAUAAUUUUAUUACACAAAACAUAAAUUAAGUAUUAUCUAUAUAAAUCUAUUCUAAUUUAAUUAGCUAAGGAUACUUAGAUAGUGAGGGAUUCCUCACAUCUAAGUUGGAUUCAAAGAUACCAUUUUACUUGAAUUUCUUUGAUGACAAAAACUUUACUUAAGCUAAAGUUGGAACACAAUAAUAGAUUUAAAAUAUUUAAAAUGAUAUCAAAUAAACUCUUGUUUUUUCCUUAGUUUAAUAUUCGAUUAGGUUUUUUGUUCAAAGUUCUUUAUUUUUUAAUUAUAAUGUGUAAGGUAAUUCUACUUCCAAUAUUAUUUCUACUCCCUCUUUGCAAAUUAGUGUUUUAAUUCAAAUUACUUCUUAUGGGAAAUUUGUAAAAAGAUAACUUGAUGGAGUAAUUGCUUCGUUUUCUGACGAUUUAACUAGCCUAUAAAUAUCAGGUUAGACAUAGUAUGUAAAUUAGAUUAUUGGCUAAAAUUUAUAAAUUGCAAAUUCUACAUCUAAUUUGACGAAAUGUAUUUUAGAUUUUAUAAUUUAAGACUCGAGCAACUAUGAAAUCUCAAAUAAAAUUCCUUUAUCAAAUUUAACCUUUAUAAAUCUCUAUUCUCCAAUAUAAUUAUUUUAAGAAAACAAUCUAUAAACUUAGCUAAAUAAAUAAUACUCUAGUGGCCAUUUAGAAGUAGAAUCAAGAUUUUAGUUUUCUUUUGACAUGACAACUUUCAGGUAAAAGGAUAACUUACCAAUCACUUAUACUGCUUUUUUAAUAGAAGGCGAUUAAUUAACUUAAAUCACAACUGGAAGUUGGAUAGAAUUUAAUAGUUUUAAUUUGGGUUUUAGUGGAAUAAAAUCAAUUACUUCAUUACUUUAAUCAUAUAGAAUAAGAAUAGAAGCAACUGAUAGUUAUUCAACAACCUAUGAUGAAUUUGAAUUCGAGUUUACUUAAAUCCCUUUCCUCUAUGUAGUACAGCUUAUAAUUUAAAUUGUAGGUCCUAUACUUGGUGUUUUUGGAAUUUGGAAAUACAGAGCAGAAAUAUACACAUUUAUCAUGAAGAAAUUUUAUCUUUAUAGCAGUGAAUCUGCAGUAGUUGGAGAAGUCUAUAAGAAAUAAAUUGUUUUAAUGAAUGAGAUAUGGGAAGAAGCUGAAAAAUUAUGGAAGUUCUUUUUAUCAGUCAAUAAGAACUUUAAUAAUCAAAUUUUGUAAGAGUACUAAACUCAUAAGGCAUUAAAUACUAUUGAAAUUAUGGCACGUGUGUAUAAGGUGUAUUUAGACAAUCAAAAGAGGUUUAUUAACAUUGACCCUAGAGAAUUUGAGUUUAUUGACAGUAGACUUGUAAGAAUGGUAAAGAGAUUUUGCUACUAAAUAAUUUUAAAUAAAGAUUAAUAGACAUAAAAAGCUCUCUAAUAUUUGAAGAGAUUAGGUAAAAAAACAAAUACAGAUAAAGAUUGGUAUAAAUAAUUUGCUGAAAUCAAAUAUAAAUUUGAGGUUCAAAAAAAUAAAGUAGUUUAAAAGAAUCCUAAUGAAAAUAAAACUGAUCUAAUAGUCUAAAGUCCAUUAGUCUUGAAACAUCAUUCUUAAAAAAAUUAAUAAAGUGAAAUACAAAACAAUUCCAUAGAAUCAAAGAGAGAAAGCUAACAUGCAAGUAAUGUUUUAGACAUAAAUUCAGAGCAUAAUGCAUUAACAGAUAGGAAGCUAAUAUAAAAUGGAUGUAAAGACUAAUCAAAUGAAUAAACAUUAAAUAACAUUGAAACUAAGGUAUAAAUGCCUGAGUUUGAAAGCUAUGCUUUUAAAGAUAUGAAUCCGAUAAACUCAAAUUUUUAAAGUCAGAAUAAAUUAAACUCUCCAAGAUUAAAUUUUGCUAUAAAAUCCUAAGACUACAUCAAAGAAUAAGAAGAAUAAUAGAAAGAUAAAGAAGAAGUUUUAGAAAAUUUAAAUCCUUUUCCUGAAAUUAUUUUGAAAACAGAACUAAUAUUAGAAAUACUAAAAGCUAAAUUCCCAAAUUAAUAAAACGAUAUGUAUCUUUUAUAAGAGAUUCUUAUUCUAGAAAUAUCAGGAAUAACUUUGAAUAGCCCAAAUAGAAUUAGCCCUGCAAUUGGUGAAAGCCUACAUUUAUUUUCUCAUUAAUUAUUGAGAGUAGAAGCUUAUAAAAGAGAUUAAGAAGAUAGUUGCUGCUACUGCUUAAAAAGAUUUCUAAAGGCUAAUUAUAGCCCUAUUGGUUUGAAUUAAAAUAAUCCUCUGCCUUAGUGGCUAAAUUGCUAAAUUAUUAAUGGUAUUAUCCAUAUUUGGGGAACUCCAAAAAUAAACGAUGAGCCAGAAAUAUUAAUUAAAAUAGUUGAUUAACUUACAUUUACAAUUUUAAGUUACCAUUUGAUGAUUAAAGAUAAAGAAGGUUAUGACCUAAGAGAUAAAUCUAAUUUGAGUACUAUAAACAAAAUAAGAAGUGAAAAUAAUUUAGUUGCUAGUUUAAGAAUGUAAAAAUAGAAGUAGCUAUAAUAGAAUUAAUGUUAGAAUCCAAACGAAUAAAAGCAAGAUUCUUUCGAUCCAAACUCAGAAAAUAAAAGCAAAACUCUAUAACUUAUACCAAGGCUGAGUAAAUUUUCGAAAGAUAUUCCUACAUUCAAAAAUAGAAACAGAGGACAGAGCUUCUAAAUAGAAAAUUUGAGAAUUUAAGCCGUUUAAGAACAACCUCUUAAAGAAUUAGACUCUCCUUAAAAAUAAAAAGCAGGAUCUCAAAUUGAUUUAUAGUUUUAAAAAGAUACUAACAAUUUUUUAAAUAAACUCUAAUCUUAAUUGUAAAAUUAACAAAAGCAUUCUUAAGAAAAAAGGUUUUUAAAGGAAAGUUCUAUUGAAAUAAAUAUGAUAGAUUGUAGCAAAGAAGAUAAAUCAUUAGAAGAUGAAAAUAAUAACCAAGAAGAAGAUGAAGAAUCACAAUAAUAAAGAAACUUGGAUGAAAAGAAUGUAAAUUAUUUAGUUUAAAUUUAAAAAUAAAAUUAAUCACUAUUAAAUAGGAAAAUGAGGUUUAUCAUUAAGUGA